AUGAGUGGUAUGUGCUGUCGAUAUUUAAUAAUGACACGAAAUAUUUUUCCUUAUUAUCGAAAACAGGACUUUAUUAUUAAUUCAUCUUUUACAUCGUAUUUAUCUUCUAAACAAAUACGUAACAAUUCUGAUUCUGUAACACCAGUAAAACUUGCAUAUGCAUCUUAUGAGUCAAUGAAUGAAACUAAUGUUUCUAAACAUCCUAUUAUAAUAAUGCAUGGCCUUUUUGGUUCAAAGACGAACUGGAACACAUUAUCAAAAACAAUUCAUCAGCAAACUAAUCGUAAGGUGAUAACCGUAGAUGCCAGAAACCAUGGAGAUUCCCCACAUUCUACAGAUAUGACAUAUAGUUAUAUGGCACAGGAUGUAGUUCAACUUAUGAAUGAUUUAGGAUUUGAAAAAUCUGUAUUAAUAGGACAUAGUAUGGGAGGUUCUGCAAUGAUGUAUGUAGCUUUACAUUAUCCAAAAUUAAUAGAGAAAUUAAUAGUAGUUGAUAUGUCUCCGGUGAGAACAAGCCCUCACCUUAUGGACAUGGAAAAAAUAUUCAGGGUAAUGCGUAUGAUAAAUUUAGAUGGAAGUACAACAUUAACUAAAGCACGCACUGUGGUAAAAGAACAACUUGCAACUGUUGUUAAAUCUUUAAGUUUGCGGCAGUUUUUAGCAAUGAACCUAGUAGAAGCAGAUAUUGGAAAAUAUAAAUGGCGUGUUAAUUUACCUGUUUUGGAACAAAAUUUUUCAACACAAAUAGCUGUGUUCCCAAAUGUAGGACUAAAAGUUUACAAUGGACCUACAUUAUUCAUAGGUGGUUCAAAUAGUGAUUAUAUAAGAGUAGAAGAUCAUAAUAAAAUUAAACAAUUAUUUCCUUCUGCUAAAAUUUUCUACAUAAAUGGUGCAAAUCAUUGGGUGCAUGUAGAUAAACCAGUAGAGUUUUUAAAAAUGACGGUUGACUUCAUUAAUCAACCAUAA